AUGAUCGUCCCUUCCUUUCUGUCUGUUCUUUUCCUUUCUUCUGUUUUUGCACAAGAACCUUCUGGAACUGCUAAUGGUUUGUUUUUAUUUUUAGAAAAUUUAAUAAAAAAAUUAUAGCUUAUGUUUGAGUGGAUUAAUGAUUUUUAAGUCUAUUAUUUUUAAUUUGAUUGAAUUGAGUAACUUAAUGGUUGGAAAAAAAGUUACGGAAUGGCUUUCUGAUUACGGCAAUGUUUAAUUUCAAAAAUUAACAGUUUAAUUUCCAUUUAUCAGUCCGGGUAAUUUAGACUAAAGCCUCAAAUUAUAUAUAAACCAAAUAAGAAAGGUCGAGAAAAAGUUAUUUUUAACUUUAUACGGUCUUCUAAAUUUUUCCCAAUCAUGAAAUUUUCAUUCUUUUAUUUUAAAAGUUUCCCCUUCCAAUGAUAAAACAUUCAAGGAAAAGAAUUAUAGUGCCCGAAAACGUGAGUAAAAAAAAAAUACAACACCAAAUUCGUUUCACUUCUCUGUACGAAACUCAGCUGAAACGCAAGAAAAUGAAGUGAAUUUUACAUGAAUCGAAAGAGGGAGGUCCACUCUAUCUUUCCACCAAUUUUCGUUAAAAUUGGUUCGAUUCACGAAGAAAAAAUCCAGAAAAUCAACGCAUUUCACCAUCGGAAAAAAGGGGCGGGGCUUUGGGGUCUCUACUUUUAGUGUGACUUGGAAAUUUUUCAAGUCACCGUUUUCAAAGCCUUCUUGCUGUUGGUGAAAAAUAUACUAAAAUUGAAACGAAAUCAAACUUUAUAUCCAAGUUUUCAGAAGUGAAAGUAGCAGUUGAUGUUGCCAACAACACGAUCACAGCCAGUGAGUUUAUCAAAGUUUUUCGUUGAUUUGGGAUCGGACAGAUCUUUUAUAGAGCCGUAAAAAAUCAAAGAAGAAAGAAAAAAAGGUUUUUAUGAUUUUUUAAUGCGCGAGGAAAUAUGAAAAAAAGGUGGCUUGUCAUUUGAUCGGCUCGAGGUUGAAAUUUUGAAUUCGCCAUAACUUUCUUUUCAUAUCAGAAUGAAUCAGUGAGGGUCCGGGAAAAAUGUAAAUAAUGCAUUUAAAUUAUUGCGAAAUUGAAAAGAGAAAUUUUUCACAUAGAACUUUGAAGAGUGGGCGAAAUUUUGUUUCAAGUUCUGUUCUCAAAAGUUUUGAGGCUUUGUCUAGCGCAUCGAAAAUUUUUGUGAUGGGCCAGAAUGGACUAGUUAUGAAUCUACUCCGAAAUUUUGGCAAAAUGUUUAGUGGCCACUAUAGAGGCUCGCCAAGGACUACUUGGAGGGAACACUGAAGUGGCCACAAAACCAACCUCUAUAGCGGUCCCUAUUUUUCGUUUUAGUGGCCACUAUAGAGGUUCUAUAUUUAGUGGUCACUUCAGUAGUUUUUCAUCCAGUAUUCCUUCCAGUGACUUUGAUAACUUUAAAACAAACAGAUUGAGCCAGUUAUGUAGAUCCAUUGACCCCUAAAGUGGCCACUGAAAUUUUUAAUGGUCUAGUAGUAGCAUUUAGACCUCUAUAGUGGCCACUAAUUUUUAACCCCUUAAGUGGCCACUAAUUUGACCGCUAUAGUGGCCACUAAAACGUCAAAAGCCUAUAGUUUAAAAAUUUUCCCAGUUGGUAACGCGAAACGGACGUGCUCCGGACGUUUCUGAGCAUUUCUAGUGGGCCCUUUAGUAGCGCCAACACUCUUGAGUGAUCCCUAGACUUGUCCAGAGUAUGUCCGUAUGAAUUUCCGAGUAGUUUUCUGUUCAUCUCUGUAAGAAGUACUGAAAUUGCAAAAAGGCAAAUAAAAUUAUUUCAAAAAAAGGAAUCUCACAUGAAUCUUACCAAUGAAAACAGUUCUGAAAACGCAGAAAGUGAGCCAGUACCGGUCCCGGAAAAAGCGCCCGUCGUCGAGGUCCACACAAAACAAAGAGCGCCUGCCAUCGAGAUCGAGACCAAGCGACUGGACGACCAUUCGGCGGUGACCAUCGUCGUGCCGACGACGCCGGAGCGACACGAGGAGAUCGGACUCCACGAGAUCGUUGAGCAGCAACUUUCCAUGAAAUACUACCAUUUCCUCUGCUCGCCGCUCGAUGGCCUCGACUGCAAGGUUCCGUCAUAAUAAAUAAUCCAAACUGCAACUCGUUCAGGUCUCGGAGACGCUCAAAAUUUGCAUGAAGGACGACUUCGUUUCCAUUUUGGGAAUGCCCUUGAGGUGAACUUUUUGAUGUAUAUUACCGGAAAGCCAAGUUGAAGAUUCGACAAAGGGUCGAUCGAAUCUCUGACAGUGAAGCGCUGGAUCCAGAAAUGCCGCGGAAACAACCAGACUGAGAUCCAGGAAGUCAUGGACAUUAUUCGCAAACGCAUCGUCUUCCAUUCCGAACAUCAUUGGUCUUUUUGAGCUGAAAGUAACAAAAUGAAUGUUUUUUUUCAGGAACAACGUGUUCAACGGCGGCAGUUCUCUGUGGAAUGGCUCUUUGCUUCUUCUGGCGCUUCUCGGCCUUCGCGCCUUUUUCUGA